CCUCAGUGUCCCCACCUGUUCUGAGGAUUUCCAGACUCAGCGGUGAAGACAGCGGCGUCCUACUGCGGUGUGAAUCCAGAGGCUGGUACCCGGAGCCUGAGCUGCUGUGGCUGGACGCUGAGGGAAACCUCCUCCCUGCUGGACCUACAGAGACAGUCCCAGGUCCUGAUGGCCUCUAUACUGUCAGCGGCAGAGCCACUGUGGAGCAGAGACACGGCAGCAGCUUCACCUGUAGAGUCCAACAGAGCAACACCAACCAGAGCAGAGAGACUCACAUACAGGUUGCAGAUGAUUUAUUCACAGUGACUCCGUCUCCUGUCGGUCGUGUCCUCAUCGUCUUGGCUGUUUGCAUCACGUGUGUCCUCACGUUCAUCUUGGCUGCGUUUAUAACAGGACGCCAGAAAACCAAGAACAAACUGCACCAUGCUGAUGAAACUGGACAGAAAGAACAUGAGACAAACACCCCCGACAUCCAGACAGAACGUCAGGCUCCUAUGGGGUCAGAGGGAGAGACGUCACAGCUCCUGGUCUACAGGGAGACAGAGAGUCAUGUGACGUGGGAAAAGGAAAAACUGGAUGAAGAACUAAAGAGAAAUGAUGAAGAACUGGGUGAUGUGCUGCAGAUUAUUAAGAUGUUAAAUGAGCAGAAGGAUGAUGUGAAGAACCACAGAGAGAAAGUCUGUGAGACGCUACAGGAGAUGAUAGAGAAGAUAAAGAAGGACAAAAAGGAGAGUGAAAAUACCAAAAAGCAGAGAAGAAGAGCAGCACGUGAUGAAAUAUUACAGAAGUCAGACAAACUAAUGAAGACCACAGAUGAGAUGAUUCUUAAAAUGACAGAGAUGAAGGUGAGGUUAGAGAAAGACACAGAGCAAGUUAAUAAACAACUGAAGAAAAGAGACGAGAAUCAGAGGAAACUUCUAUCAGAGCAGUCGGAGAGAGAGGGGUGAAAUCUGUGGUUCACUGACUGAUAAAUGGACAUUUAGGCUGUGAAGUCUCAUUUGACUUUGUGACUUGUUUGCUGUUGUCACUUCAUUCUCUUCAGUUUCACUCUUAAAGGAGAAUUAACAUCCAUCAAAUGGAAACUUCUGUUUGUCUUUGUCCUGCUGCAGUGAAGCUGAUUUACUCUGCAGGGUUUUAUACCUUUAUUCUAUAUUAUUACUCUGCUCGUAGCAGCGUCUGUCAAUAUACUGUGAUGUUAUAACAUGUACUGCAUCACUCAGUAAUGGUUCUUAUGAAUCUUUUCUAAACUGACAAUAAAUACAGAAGGUGUGAUUUAAAC